CAUAUUUAGGAGUACCCAUUUUGCACCACUCUCUCUCUCUCUCUCUCUCUCUCUCUCUACUGGUAUUGAGUUUGGAGAUAAUAAUAAUGAGGAAGCCUUGCUGUGAUAAAGAAGACACUAACAAAGGAGCAUGGACAAAGCAAGAAGACCAGAAGCUCAUAGAUUACAUUCGAGCUCAUGGUGAAGGUCACUGGCGAACCCUCCCCAAGGCUGCUGGGUUGCACCGGUGCGGUAAAAGUUGCAGGCUGAGAUGGAUAAAUUAUCUAAGGCCAGACAUAAAAAGGGGCAACUUUGCACAAGAUGAAGAAGAUCUCAUCAUCAGGCUCCAUGCCCUCCUUGGCAACCGGUGGUCAUUGAUAGCUGGAAGGUUACCCGGGCGUACCGACAAUGAAGUAAAGAAUUACUGGAAUUCUCACAUAAGGAGAAAGCUGAUAAGAAUGGGUAUCGAUCCGAACAACCAUCGGUUGAACCAAAACCUUUCUUCUCCACAAAAUCAGAACACUUCUACUGAUCUUAUCACAUCAUCAGCAUCUGGAUCCAUGGAGAAUAAUGAGUCUAGGCCAUCAAAAACUCACGCCGACAACGACCGAGUUUCUGAUGCUGCAAGUUGCCUUGAAGAUGAGGCAUUAGGCUCACAAAACUUGAAUCUUGAUCUUUCCAUUGCUGUUCCUUCUCCUUCAUCUCUUUCUCCUUCGCUUAUCGAAAAGAAGCUACAAAAUGGUGAGUCCAAAAUGAUGGAAGAAUUCGGAAGUGACCUGUGUCCUACCCUUCUUCUAUUUACAUGACUCGAUAUAUCAUUACUUCGAGCUAAAAGUAAUGUGUUAGAACUAGAUUUAGUUGUGCUGAUCGAAAACUCCUGCAACAUGGUACUGCGGUGCACUGCAGAGGAUCUUGAGUAUCGACUCAAUGCUAGUUAAUUAUGGGCUAUAUAUGUACGUUCUUGGCUAAUGUUUGUGGUAAUUAAUUAAACUGGCAAAAGCAAAGAGCUAGUACCAUUGAUUAGAAGGUCUCUUGUGUUGAAGGACAAUAUAUAGAACAUGUCUAUGUUCUGAUAUAUAUGUAUUUAAGCUAGAAAGACAUUGGAAUUUAGAGAGUAGAUAGAGGUCAUCUGAGGGAUUAGAUCUCUUCAUGUAAUCAGUUAAUUUUUUUUUAUAGCUUGUUAACUGUUGCAGUAGCUCUCUAGAGAGGAUAUAAACAUAGAGUAACUCUUUCAUUCAUAUAUGAGAGAUCUUGAGAUGUAUACAAUAAGUUGGGAUGAAGAAUAUGUCUUGUAGCUUAAUUUGGCCUUUGAUUGUAAAGCUAGUGGAAGGAUGGUGUUAAAAUCUUGAUUAUUAAUAAUAAUUUCUAUAUAUUAUGAUUUUACAA